UGAUGAACCCAGCCGUUAGCAGGAUGGCGGCACAACAACAACAACGUCAGCGGCGCACCUACAGAGUAAGAAGAGAUAUUUUCGCUGAGUACGACGAUGCUGAGUUACUGAAAAGAUUCAGAUUGGACCGUGCUGGUAUUGUUGCAGUGACUGAUAUAGUGAGAGACAAGCUGCAAAGUAAAACUGAAAGAAAUAGAGCCUUGACCCCUGAGAUGGUGGCCAUCACAUAACGAUAUUUAGCCACAGGAAAAAUGCAACAGUGCAGUUGUGAUGAUUUUGGAAAAACGCAGCCCACUAUCAGCCGUGCAAUAUCACAGACAAUUGAUGCACUGGCUGACCCAGAAGUAAUCUGCCAGUUCGUGGCUUUCCCUCACACCCAGCGUGAAGUGCAGCAAAAACAGGCAGAGUUCAUGCAAGUAACUCAGUUUCCCGGUGUUGUGGGACUGAUUGAUGGCACUCAUAUAAGAAUUGUGUCUCCUCAUGUCGAUGAACAUGUAUAUGUGAACAGGAAACGCUAUCACAGCAUAAAUGUGCAAGUAGUAUUUGAUGCUCACUAUAAGAUUCUUGACAGUGUGGCAAGGUGGCCUGGCUCAGUCAACGAUGCAAGAAUACUAGAUAAGUCAGCACUCAAACUGAUGUUUGAGGAACAACAUGUACCUGCAGGAUGCUACCUUCCCGGGGACAGUGGCUAUCCCUGUAAGCAGUGGCUCCUCACUCCUUACCUUCGCCCUCAAACUGUUGCACAAGCUAAUUAUAACAGUUCCAGUACCUUACGAUGCAGCCGAGGGGACUGACGCCACCACCACCACUGCCACCACCGCCACAACAAGGGUUAUUCAAGUGGGGAACAUGCUUCAGGUGUUGCCCCAAGAUGCCUCAGCCCCGCAGCCCCACUUCCCCAUGAUAGUGCAGGCAGGGAAUGUCAUACAGGUUGUUCCAGCUGACAACACGCAGGUAUUAGGGGCAGAAGUCGUUGGAGUUGGUCGGGUCAUGCAAGUGGUCGGAGUCCCAGGCUUUCCCCCGACCCCUGCCCCAGCCACCCCUCUCCCUGUGACCCCUGCCCAGUCAUCCCUCACCCCCUCCUGCCCCCCUGCGGUGCUGCCAGCGGGGGUGAUGGGAGGUGGAGGUGGGCCACACACACCUGGGUUAGCUGUGGCUUGGCUUAUCUCCCUCCUCAGCAGCAAAUCCCGAGGAUCAACGAGGACAUGGUGGACCCAGAGAUUGCAGCAGCAGCGAGAGAGAGAGAGAGAGAAGCAAGAGAGGAGGGAGAGGAAGGAGAGGAGGAGGAGAGAGAGGGAGGCCAGGAGGGAGGCACGUCAGAGAGAGAGGGAGAGGAAGAGGUUGAUUCUGUUACAACAACAACUGCAACAACAACAACAGUUAGUCAGUGAGGAGGGGGAGGGGCCGUCCUCUGAUGCUGAGGAUGAGGUAUUGUUCAGGGAGGCCAUGUCGGAGGUGCCGGUGGUGGGGUCGCCAGUUCCGGAGUACGAGGUGGAGGAGGAAAAGGAAGAGGAGGACGAGGAGGAGGCACGGAUAAGGAAGAAGAAAAGAUUAUUAGCUGUAGCCCCUCCCUCCAGCUGAUAAGGGGAUAUUAAGGAGCCCUUCCUACAGGUUUGUUCGAUGCAAGGAGUUGGCACAGGAGGCGUCCGAGGCUGUGUAGAGCGGCCGUCUGAACCUGGUGCCACAGCUUACUAUGUUCAACAGAUGCCUGAAGGAAGUGUGUGUAAGGGAGGAUAAAGAGAUCAUGCUGGCCUAUGCAGACGAUGUCGCUGUCGUGACAGGAAGCCAACAAGAUCUUCAAGAGGCCAUGACAAGAUGGAAUGAUGUUUUAAAUAGGGAAGGAAUGAGAAUGAACAAACAAAAAACAGAAAUAAUGAAAGUUGGCAGAAUAAAGGAGGAAUGUAAUAUUUACAUAGAAAACGUUAAACUGAAGCAGACCAACAAAUUUUGUUAUCUGGGAGUACUUUUCGAUGAGGAAAACAGACAGAAUAUAGAAAUUUUAAAUAGAAUACAGAAGUACAAUGCAAAUGUCAGUGCAUUGUAUCCCAUACUUAAAGAUAAGAAUAUUCCAACAAAAGUUAAAACCAUAAUAUUUACAACAAUACUAAGACCAGUACUUCUAUAUGUUUCAGAAACUUGGACAGUGACAACAAGAACAUCUUCACAAAUACAAGCAGCAGAAAUGAGAGUUCUGAGAAUGAUCCGAGGUGUGACCAGACUUGAUAGAAUUAGAAAUGAAGAAACCAGAGAGAGAUUAGGGAUAACAUCUGUACUGAAGAUAAUUGAAAAGAACAAAUUGAGAUGGUAUGGACAUGUCCGAAGAAUGGAAGAUACAAGAUACGCAAGGAAGUUUCUGGAAUGGGUUCCUCUAGGCAGGAGGCCGGUGGGACGACCUAGGAAGCGAUGGAUGCAGGGAGUUGAAGAAGCUACUGAACGAAGAGGAAGAAAUCUACAAGAAAUAACCAGAGAUGAGGAUUUCAUGGAUAGAGACCUUUGGAGAAGAUUUGUAGAGGCCGGACACUGACAGGCAUUGCCUACCUUGCGUCUGCUGAGAAAGUAACUGUAGGAAGAAUGCAGGAAAUGGAGGAGGAGGAGGAGGAGGAGGAGGAGAAAAUGAGUAGAAAACAAGAAAAUUAGAAUAAGCAGAUGGAAUAAAGAGGAAGAAGAAGAAGAAAAGGAGGAAGAAGAAGAGAAGGAGGAAGAGGAGGAAGAAAAGGAGGAGGAGGAGGAAGAAGAAGAAAAAUAAUCACAUUAAGCUGGAGAGGAAAGCAAGAAUAAGCAGGAAGGAGGAGGAGGAGGAGGAGGAGGAGGAGGAGGAGGAGGAGCAGCAGGAGGAGGAAGAGGAGGAGGAGGAGGAAGGCUAAGCAGGAGAUACCCUCCCUUGCUCUAGUUCAGCAGGAGGCAUGGCCGGAGGAGGAGGAGGAGGAGGAGGAACAGCUUUUUUGGGAGUUCUUAAAGAUCGCGUACCUUGAGGCUCCUCCUCCUCUUCCUCUGUUGAAGCAAAUGAUAUAACAUUGACUAGAAGCUUUCACAAUAUUUAUAAGCUUUCUUGUAUCAGAGAUCUUUUGAAAAUCCAACCAUUAAUUUGUAAAUACUUGUAUAGUGUAGCUGGCAUGAACGUUGCAGUCUUCAUUAUUUACUAGUGGACAAGCAACAAGUGAUGGUGUGGCUCUGAGCCACUGUAGUAGGGAUGUUAUGGUUUAAGUGUAGGAAGUUGCAAAUGCUCACCUAACAAUUGCACCUUAGUAGAAAAACACAAACAGGAAGUUUAUGCAAGUUUUUAUCCUUAUAUAAAAUGUUGUAUUGCAUCAAACCUCCAUACAUUACUGUCUCUAUCCAGUAUGAGACCGGUGUUCAGGAAGCACAAGCAUGUGCUGAAUAACAAGAAGCCGGCAUUGGUGAAGGUGACAACAUUUCAUCUAUUUAUACAUACUUUUUAUUAUUAAAGCUUAUCUUAUAAUUAUUUCUGAAGAGAUUGACUAAUUUUUGUAGUAUUUAUGACUUAGAACUAUGAUAAAGCUAUGAAUUGAUAUAAUUCCUGAUUUGUUUUAUCUUUUCAUUAUCCUUCCUUUGUUAAUUGAGCAUUUUAUAUUACUUAGCUUAAAAAUGCAAGAACGGUUCAGAAGUAUCCAACCUUGGGCUAAGGGCCAAAAUUAUGGUAUCAUUCAAAAUGUCCUUCAAAGAAAGCCCUCUGUAAUCCAACACACUUAGCCCAUUAAUCCUUCCAUUUCUCAUCAAUUUGUUCAACAUUCAUAUUUUUCCCUUAUAGGGUUGAACAAUUUUCAUGGGUUCAGAGCAAAAGGCUUCCUCAUUCCUCCCCAAGGUAUUCUCGGAUGGUAAGCAGGUUUGACUCUGGAGCAAACCUGACCAAGGGCUACUGCCCAAGGCUACAGAGGUUCCUCUCCCUGAGGCUGAAUGCACCAUGUGAGAUGGUUCUGUUAUGUGGAUGAAUGUCAUGGUGGAUAGCAGUGCCACCACAUUCCUACAAUCAUCCAUCACUCCACUGCUCAAACGCUUCUGCAACCAAUGAUAGGUAUGCUGCCACAUUCUGCAUGGUCUCCUUGGCUCUCAGAUAAGGAUACUGUCAACAGGUUUGGGAUUGCCAAAAAAUCAUAAGGAGCUAUGUCUGAAAAGUUCAGAGAGAGAGAGAGAGAGAGAGAGAGAAAGAAUGAGCAAGAGAAAGAGUAGGAUGAAGCAAAGGAAGAGUCAAGAGGGAGGAAGAGAGAGUAGGACAAGAAAAAACAGAACAAAUAAAUCCCCUACACGUCUUGUCUCCAUUCACACAAGCCAUGAAAAGCUUGUCCAUCCCUGAGUGCUCAGAAGCAGUGUUCCACUGAUGAUGUGGAAACUUGAGACACCCAAUCAUUUAAUGGGCUUUAGUAGGUUUUGUCACCAGUCUUCUGUGUGUCACUGACUACAUUUUGAAAUUUUUAUCUGUUCUAUUUAAUUUUGUGUGUAUGUACACAAUGUUUAUGGUCAAUAAACUAUUUAUAAAACUAUUUAUCUGUGUGAGUAAGAUAAAAGCAGUUAUUGUUAUUAUUAUUAUUAUUAUUAUUAUUAUUAUUAUUAUUAUUAUUAUUAUUAUUACACAUUUUCCUCCUUGUAUUUAAAUAUUAUUAUUAUUAUUAUUAUUAUUAUUAUUAUUAUCAUGAAUUGUUCUUGUUUAUAAAUAAAAUACUGUAACUGA